AGCUGCCUGAGGAGAAGCGGGUGCUGGCGAGUGUCCGAAAGGCACAGAGUUGUUGGCCUCUAGGGUUCAGCUUGUGGAAGCCCUGGGCAUGAAAUUGCCACCAGGCGUUUGGAAGCUGACUCUGCUUUACUCCUGGGUCCCUGCAGCCUUAGCAAAGUCUCAGGCAGUCUUGCAAAAGCAGUUUCUUCCCUAAACAUAGAAUCUCGAUUCUAUUUGCCUAAAGCAAACAAUGCUUACCCUAGAAAACAUAAACGUUUUUGUUGAGAUAACAAACUUGGCCCUUAAUUGCCAGUGGCUGCAGUUAUUUUGAUUUUUACUUGGCUACGCUGGGGCCAAGAGACUGGUCUAGAUGUGAUGAGAUCUGGGAGAGAUGAGAAGCAAUUCCUUUACUCUCAGUUACUCUGUCUCCCCUAGCCCAAACACUAAGGUCUCGCCCUCUCCAUGCUGCCGUCGCGGGUCGUAAGUGUGGGGGAGGGUUUGGGUAGGGGACCAGCAGUCCACUUGGCUUCCCCCCCACCAGCCCCUGAAGAAUAACUUAUUUGAAUAACAGCCUAGAAGAGGUGGGGUUGCGGAGGAUCUGUCAUCAAGGGUUUUUAUGGGUGGGGCCUAGGGACACGAGGGAAGGGAGGGAGUGGUCCGCGGGUAGGAUCUGACGAGCAGACAAAAUGUGGGGCCCCUGUCCCUUGAAGGGCAACUUGUCUCUUCCUGAGCGAGGAGAAAGGAAUCCGUAGUGCCUCUCCCAGGGGCACGCAGAGGAGAGAAAAGAGACCAAGAGUGGACGGAGGAAAAAGCGAGACAUGCUCUCCACGAAACAGUCCCCUGCCCUGGCUCCGGAAGAGCGCUACCGCCCAGCCCUGGCCCCGGAGCGGGUCUUGGGAGCUGAUGAUGAUAACAUGGGUGAUGGCUGCUCUCGGAAGCUGACGACUGUGAAUAUUCUUCGUUUCCUCUUGCUGGUCCUGAUUCCAUGUAUCUGUGCUCUCAUUGUCUUGCUGGUGAUCCUGCUCUCCUUUGUUGGAACAUUAAAAAAGGCCUAUUUUAAAUCAAAUGGGAGUGAACCUUUGGUCACUGAUAGUAAAGUCCAUGUGUCUGAUGUUAUUCUUAAUACAAUUUAUAACGACGAGAGCACUGUGACAUCUGCUGCCCAUCCCACCCAACACAUUCCAGCCUGGACUAUGGAUGCUUCUCUCUCAGCAGACCAAAAUCACAGGAACACAAGUGCCUGCAUGAACAUCACCCACAGCCAGUGUCAGAUAUUGCCCUACUACACCACGCUGACAUCUCCCCUCUCCAUUGUCAAAAGCAUGGAAAUGGAGAAGUUCCUCAAAUUCUUCACGUACCUCCAUCGCCUCGGUUGCUAUCAACAUAUCAUGCUUUUUGGCUGCAGCCUGGCCUUUCCCAAGUGCAUCAGGGAUGGUGCUGACAGUCAUGGACUCCUGCCUUGUAGAUCCUUCUGUGAGUCUGCAAAAGAGGGCUGUGAGUCAGUCCUGGGAAUGGUGAAUGCCUCCUGGCCCGAUUUCCUCAAAUGUUCACAGUUUAGAAACCAAAGUGAAAACAGCAAUGUCAGCAGGAUUUGCUUCUCACCACAGCAGGAAAACGAAAAGCAAUCGCUCUGCAGAGGGGGCGAGAGCUUUCUGUGCACCAGUGGCAUCUGCGUCCCCAGGAAACUGCAGUGUAACGGCUACAACGACUGCGAUGACUGGAGUGACGAGGCUCAUUGCAAUUGCAGUGAGAAUCUGUUUCACUGUCACACAGGCAAGUGCCUUAAUUAUAGCCUGGUGUGUGAUGGCUAUGAUGACUGUGGAGAUCUGAGUGAUGAACAAAACUGUGAUUGCAACCCCGUAGAGGAACAUCGCUGUGGAGACGGGCGCUGCAUUGCCAUUGCAUGGGUGUGUGAUGGGGACCACGACUGCGUGGAUAAAUCCGAUGAAGUCAAUUGCUCGUGUCACAGCCAGGGUCUGGUGGAAUGCAGAAAUGGACAGUGCAUCCCCAGCACUUUCCAGUGUGAUGGAGACGAGGACUGUAAGGAUGGAAGUGAUGAGGAGGGUUGCAGUGAUGGUCAGACUCUAUGUCAAGAAGGAGACCAAAGAUGCCUCUACAGUUCCUGCCUUGAUUCAUGUAGUGGUAACUCUCUUUGUGACCCCAGCAACAGUGUGAAUAAUUGUAGUCAGUGUGAACCAAUUACGUUGGAACUCUGCUUGAAUUUGCCCUACAACCAUACAAAUUUUCCGAAUUACCUUGGCCACAGGACUCAAAAGGAAGCAUCCAUCAGCUGGGAGUCUUCUCUUUUCCCUGCACUUGUUCAAACCAACUGUUACAAAUACCUCAUGUUCUUUGCUUGCACCAUCUUGGUACCAAAGUGUGAUGAGGAUACGCAGCAGCGUAUCCCGCCUUGCAGAGCUCUCUGUGAGCAUUCCAAAGAACGCUGUGAGUCUGUUCUUGGGAUUGUGGGUCUACAGUGGCCAGAAGACACAGAUUGCAAUCAAUUUCCAGAGGAAAAUGCAGACAAUCAAACCUGCCUAAUGCCUGAUGAUGAAGUCGAAGAGUGUUCACCUAGUCACUUCAAGUGCAGCUCAGGACGGUGUGUUCUGGCUUCCAGAAGAUGUGAUGGCCAGGCUGACUGUGAUGAUGAUAGUGAUGAAGAAAACUGUGGAUGUAAGGAGAGAGAUCUUUGGGAAUGUCCAUCCAGUAAACAGUGUUUGAAGCACACAGUCAUCUGUGAUGGGUUUCCAGACUGCCCGGAUAACAUGGAUGAAAAGAACUGCUCGUUUUGCCAAGCUGAUGAGCUAGAAUGUGCAAACCACGAGUGUGUGUCACGUGACCGGUGGUGUGACGGUGAAGCCGACUGCGUAGACAGUUCCGACGAGUGGGACUGUGUGACCCUCUCUGCAAACGUGAACUCCUCGUUCCUGAUGGCUCACAGAUCUGCCACGGAACACCACGUGUGUGCGGAUGGCUGGCAGGAGACCCUGAGUCAGCUGGCCUGCAAGCAGAUGGGUUUAGGGGAACCAUCUGUGACCAAAUUGAUAGAGGAACAGGAGCAAGACAAACAGUGGCUUAUAUUACGCUCCAACUGGGAGAGCCUUAAUGCAACAACUUUGCACGAACUACUGGUAAAAGGGCAGUCCUGUUACAGCAGGAGUAAGAUUUCUCUUCUGUGUACUAAACAAGACUGUGGGCGCCGCCCUGCUGCCCGGAUGAACAAGAGGAUUCUAGGGGGUCGGACGAGUCGCCCAGGAAGGUGGCCCUGGCAGUGUUCCCUGCAGAGUGAACCCAGUGGGCACAUUUGCGGUUGUGUCCUCAUUGCCAAGAAAUGGGUUCUGACAGUCGCCCACUGCUUCGAGGGGAGAGAGAAUGCUGCUGUUUGGAAAGUGGUGUUUGGCAUCAAUAACCUAGACCACCCAUCAACAUUCAUGCAGAUGCGCCUUGUGAAAACCAUCAUCCUGCAUCCUCGCUACAGUCGAGCGGUGGUGGACUAUGACAUCAGCAUAGUGGAGCUAAGCCAAGACAUCAAUGAAACAAGCUACGUCCGACCCGUCUGCUUACCCAGCCCGGAUCAGUCCUUAGAACCUGAUACUUAUUGCUAUAUCACAGGCUGGGGACAUAUGGGCAACAAAAUGCCUUUUAAGCUCCAAGAGGGAGAAGUACGUAUUAUUUCUCUGGAACAGUGUCAGUCCUACUUUGACAUGAAGACCAUUACCAACCGGAUGAUCUGUGCUGGCUAUGAGUCUGGCACAGUUGACUCGUGCAUGGGCGACAGUGGUGGGCCUCUAGUUUGUGAGAAGCCGGGAGGACAGUGGACAUUAUUUGGCUUAACUUCAUGGGGCUCCGUCUGCUUUUCCAAAGUCCUGGGGCCUGGAGUUUACAGCAACGUGACAUACUUUGUCAAAUGGAUUGAAAGACAAAUAUACAUCCAUACCUUUCUCCUAAACUAAUUCCAAAGAUGAUCAGAGACUUUUUCCAGCAACAUUCAAAGAAAAUGGCCUUUCCGACGGUGGAGGACAUCCUGUAGAGGGCUGUACAGGAGCACUUUUCAUAGACAGGGAUGCUCCACAGCGCACUGCAAAUGUUCAUGUUUCUCUCAGUCGAAUUUCAAGCAGUUUUUUUUUUUUUUUUUUCCAGUUCUGUUUUUCUCUUACUUCAAGUUGAAUGAAAAUCUUUUAAAAACCAAAGAAAAACUGAGUUUGUUCUUCUGCCAGGCAGGCCUAACCUCAACUGUAAAGUGAAAUGGUCAACUUGGGAAAGAGAAAAGUGUAGGCA